UCAAAUGGUAAGAAAACGGAAAGGAGAAAUUAUUAAAAAAAAUGUGCAUCUAUUUCUCCUAAUCUCACCGGCUCACCUCCCGUGCCCGUCUCCCUCCCCAUUCUCUUCUUCCUCCCUCGCCUCCGAUCCGCUCCUCCUCGCGCCUGCUUCCGCCGCCUGCUCCUCAUCCUCCACCGACGGCGCCGCGAAGUGGGUGGAGAAGUUCGGUUCUUGGGGUUGGGGGCCGAACCGGCGGAGGCGACGACUUCGGCAGCCGGUCUUCCCUGCAACCGCCCAUCCCUAUGUGAAAUGCUGCUCUUGUCUCACAGGAAUCCCAACCAAUGCACUACCUCUGUCAAUUCUAGUUACCAACUGAUUGUCUCCAAGCUCUUCUGAUUGUCCAUGCCACUGCCUUCCGCAGAGAAGAUGCUGUCAGUCUAUCUUUACAUUCCUAACAUCAUUGGUAAGCCUCUGGAUGGUUGUCUGCUUACGUAUCGCCUUAUUGUUUCGAGCUAACUGGAUAAUUCAGUAUGUGUGCCCAAGAGAAGCCAUUUUGUACUUCGUUCAUUAUGGUUUAUCUGAAUUAGACGUUUCAACUGAAUUGUUGUUUUGCUGCUGGGAGCAAUGGGUGCCCAAGAGUAGCAACAAAAAAGAGGCACCAGAAAUCUAAUGGAGCACAUAGUUUGACCAACAAUGCAAUAUGUUUAUUUACAUUCUGACUUUAGGUCUCUAUCGUGUGGAUGAUAAUCUGAAAGCCAGUAACAUAAUAGAUUUCAUAUUUUGACUAACAAGACGUUUUAUUAAACAAUCUGCUUUUGGCAUAUGGUGAAAGAUGGAGAUAUAUUGGACAACAUGCUAGAAUUGUUAUCAUGCAGGGUAUUUCAGGAUCAUCAUAAAUUUCAUUGCAUUUGCUGUUCGCUAUUCGAACAAGCCCCUCUUUGCUAUCCUGUACUUCUUCAGCAUCGUUGCAAAAAUUUCAGCUUUGUACUGGACGGUGUCGAUGGUUGGUUCGCAAGGAAGUUUAAUCAAGCAUCAACAUUUGGAUCUGUGCUGGACAUGGUUACAGAUAGGGUUAGCACUGCUUGUUUGUUGGCCCUUCUCUCACAGUGUUACAAACCUGGCUUAAUUUUCUUGAUGCUGCUUGGGUUGGAUAUCACGAGCCACUGGUUUCAAAUGUAUAGUUCUUUGUUGUCAGGUAAGACUAGCCACAAGGAUGUAAAACACACAAACAAUUGGCUACUAAAAUUAUAUUAUGGGUAUAGGCCAUUCAUGGCCUUCUGUUGUGUUUCUUGUGAGGUUUUAUAUAUUAUCCUCUUUCUCUUUGCUGAUGAGAAAUCGACAAGCUUGCUUAGUGUAUGUAGAGUUGUUAUGAAGCAAAGUCCCCUCAUUGUCUUGGUGUUCAUCUCAACUCUAGUGGGCUGGGCAGUGAAACAAGUUAGCAACAUCACCCAGAUGAAAACCGCUGCGGACACAUGCGUCGAGUUUGAUCCGAAGCACAGCAAGUGAUGCAGAAAAGGCACCGGCUUCAUUCGGUUUUGUAUUUGAGGAAACCCUCCUUGGGGGGCUUGUACACAAAGUUUACAUACAGUGGCUACUUAUGUGCAGGAGAUGAAUGUGUUGAGGAGAAAGCGGAGAUCGUUAUAUUGUUUCAGUUUGUGUUCACGAUUGUUGUUAUCCCUAAUAGGCUUUUGAGCUUAGCUGAAUAAUGUUUACAUGUUACAUGUUUCAAA